AUGAAUCACGAUAUGAAAGAUCAGGCUCUGGCGCUGAGCAUCCAUCGCAGCAGCAGUCGAUUGGGGGAGCUACUCGUGGCCGAUACGCUGGUCGCAGCCGGGUCGUCGGCGCUCAUCACCCCGGCGGUGAUGAUCUUUGACAGACUCGUCGUCGAAAAGUCCUUUUACAACCAGCCCAUGUUUCCCGCUUUUCGUCGACACUUGUGGUUCUCCAUCACUCAGCCUACCACCUUUUUGACCUCACGACCCAGUCUGCUGGUCUGGUCCCUCUAUACCGCCACUUUUGCCACAGCCAACAUCUCCGAGACCUUGCUGAGCAAGGUCUAUCCCAAGAUCGAUCAUGCCAUUGCGGGUAUGACCACCUUUGCUGCCACCUUUGUGGUCAAUUCGUCCGUCGGAAUCUGGAAGGAUGUCAAAUUCGCCCAACUGUUUGGUCACAAAAACAACGCUCCUCCUUCUCCUCCCGCCACGACUUCUAUGCCCCCAUCUACUACAUCUACAUCUGCAUCUGCAUCCGUAUCAGCAUCAGCAUCAGCCUCAGCCUCAUCACCAGCAUCAGCACCUGCAUCUGCAUCUCCCUCCGCCUCCAACUCAUCCCCAAAAUCCGAUUCCUCAAUUCCCAAAGCGGCCCGUUCCAUCGGCCGCACACGCAUCCCCCUCGCCACAUACUCCGCUUUUCUCCUGCGAGACGGCCUCACUAUCUUUGGCUCAUUCAGUCUCCCCGCCAUGCUCUCCAACACCAUUCCCGACUCCAUCGCCUCGCAGGAGUAUCUCAAGAUCCUGAUUGCCCAGUUGGCCAUUCCAGCCUCCAUUCAAUUGAUCAGUACGCCCAUUCAUCUCUUUGGUUUGGAUCUGUACAACCGACCCCAGGCAAUGCCUACCAAAGAACGGGUCAGCCGCAUCAGCCGUGACUGGAUCGGGGCGUCCCUUCUGCGCAUGUGUCGAAUCAUCCCCGCCUUUGGUAUCGGGGGGUUCCUCAAUACGGAGGGUCGCCUUUACUUGCAUGAUCAAUUGGAUGGAAAGCGGACAUCGUGA